GCCUCUACUCACCCCACAGCAAUAUUGAGUGAUCUCAACCUGUUGACACUUUCAUUUAAACUACAUCUGGUCUGAAUUACAGAGAAAUGGCGAAUAUCAAGGUGGGUAUAAUCGGAGGAUCCGGGUUGAGCAGCUCGAAUAUACUUCAAAAUGCAACGGAGCGUGUGCUAACGACCAUCUUUGGGGACCCCUCGGAUAACAUCCUGGAAGGUACUAUUGAAGGAGUUCCUUGCGCUCUUCUUGCUAGGCACGGACGGAAUCACUCAAUCAUCCCAGGUGACGUGAACUAUCGUGCUAAUAUUUGGGCACUGAAAACCGUUGGUUGUACCCACAUAUUGGCCUCAACCGCUUGUGGAGGCCUUCAGGAUUACACUCAACCUGGUGACUUUCUUAUCUUGGAUCAGUUCAUGGAUUUCUCGCGAGGACGCGAACAGACACUUUACGGUGGAAAGCGUCCGGCUUUGGAGGGUGUAUUGCAUAUACCAACGGGUGAACCUUUCUGCGAGCAGACGCGUCAGGUGCUCAUUGAGUCGGCACGAGCCCUCUCACUUUCCGUUUGUGAUCGGGACCAAGGCCCUCCGGCCUCAAGCUUCCACCCGUGUGUUCAUACACGUGGUUCUGCAAUAACAAUCAGUGGACCGCGGUUCUCCACCAAACUGGAAUCCAAAAUCUAUCGUAGUUUCGGUAUCGACCUUGUCAACAUGACUCUCGUUCCAGAGGUCGUGCUUGCGCGGGAGGCUGCGAUGAGUUACGCAUCAGUCGCCAUAGUCACUGACUAUGAUAGCUGGAAAUCCGAUGUGCAGGAGGUAUCCGUUUGCGGAGUUCUUGAAGAAUUCGGGAAGUCUGCAGAAAAGGUGAAGUUGUUGUUGAUCCAUGCGGUCCGGUUGAUUGGACAACGUGACUGGACUAAAACAAUGGAAGCAAAUGAGCUUUUGGUUGCCAAAAGUCGACAGGACGUUCUGCACAACUCAAACCACAAGCUAAUGGACCGCCUGCAUACUUUCCUGCUCAGACAUACAGAGGAAAUGAGUUCGCCAACAGUUUUCUCUCGACUGACUCACGGCUCAUUAAUUUCUCACCAUGUUCACUUCGACAAGUUUGAUUGCCGGUAUAUUCACGGAAUACGCAUUUCAGGGGCGAGAUGGACGAAGUGGUUAGAGCGCGGAUUUACUGACCGGAAGGUCCGUGGUUCGAACUCGACCUCUGCCACUCGACUUCCCCCGUCUAGGCUUGGGCGACCUGGCAGUAUCCCAGCCGUCGUGCCUUCUUCGUGUGGCAUGGCAGCUAGGCACCGAAAGGGUGCUACAGCUGAACGAUUUUUAUACGCAUUUCAAAAAAUCCUAAAUCUUGAUUUAGGAAUCGAAUCCAGUGAAAGACCGGUGUUGUCUUGUUUGACGACUAUCACUCUUUAG